CAUUGCUAAAAAUACUAGAGUUUAGUAUAUCGCAAAUAUUUGGUCAUCGAAUACCCAUGCCAAACAACCAGAAUACCUUUUCAAUAUUUUGAGACAUUUGGUAUCGGGUUUUAUAAAAUUUAUUAGCAUUGUUUUGUUUUCUUUUGUUUUGUUUUGUGAAAAAAAAUAGGUUAUCAAUAAAUUUAUCGGGCAUUUAGCAAAUCUUGCGGACUAUUUCAACCACAUUUUUGUACAUAUAGACUGCAUUUUCUAAGAGAUCCGUUUGGCAUCUUUAUCGCUAUAUAUUAUGUUCUCUACUGCAAUAUGACAAUUAUUAAUUCUGUGGAAGUUUUUCUUUCAGAUAUAAUAGCCUCAGGGAAUAAAACGCUCAGGAAACAUACAAAUCUUACCUAACACAUGUGCCUGCAUUUAUGUUUGCAUAUAAAACGCUUUAAUACUAUCCGUAAAUUCAUAAAUUAAUGGAUUAUAGCAUUGCAAAUAUGGCAUACGAACGUUUUGGAAUUCUUCUUGAAAGUGAACAGUACGAUGAAGAUAUAGGCAACGCAAGAGGCAAUCAGAAAAUGAAUGACCACGAUAUAAGCAAUGUAAUUAUUUGCUUUUCUUUAGGCAACCACAACGACUUACACAGACAAAAAUCAUUUGACCGAAUUAUUCAUUCAGAAUCAAAAGAUAGUUAUAACGAGAUUAAUUACAACAUUCAUGGAAAGGUACAUCUAAAAGCGGCUGAUACUUUAAUUUCUUCGAAAUUAAGAAUGAAUACGAAUAUGGGCUAUGAAAUGAAUAUCAACUGUUUUAAAAAUAUUGAAUAUGGCAAAAAUCCAGAAACUUCAAAAGAUAUAGCAAAUAGUUUUUUAAACAAUGGUAUUAAUACAGAAGAGUCUGGCGCUGGUGAUAAAAGUGCACCUUUCCUAACUUUAGGUACAACAAUACUCAAUUCAACUGGCAAGUCAAGACGAUGGGAACAAAAGCUUGUUCAAAUCAAAACUAUGGAAGGAGAGUUUAGUGUUACAAUGUGGGCAUCCGGGAUAUCCGACGAUGAAUACUCCGGUUCAGAACAAAUCGGUGAUUCGGAUAUAUUAAAAGAAAAGGAGGAUAUUGAUUAUGAUCGCUUCACGUCUCAACGAAAUAAAGAAUACCAGAAAAUGGAGUCGAAAUUAACUAAUACACAGGCACUUGAAAUGCAUCCACCUAUAAGCUCAGUUCAAAUCAUGGAUCAAUUAACAAAGGAGAGGGGAAUUUUGUUCCAAGAAAAUAAUUUUACCGAAAGGAUUUUAUCUAAGUCAAGCUUAAGUUUCGAAGACCCAAUCUUAAUUCCUGAUUCUUCAAGUAUUCAGUUGGUUAAUGAAACUGCCGCAAUGACAAUUAAUAAUCACAGAAUUUUAAAUAAUCAUACGGACAAUACAGGUGAUCUGCAUACAUUGACAAGCUCAGUGCCAUUUGAUCUUGGCUUGCAGGAGGGACAAGUAAAUGAAAGCUUAUCAACAUCACAAACAACCCACCAUGAAAAUACAGGCUUGACAGGAUGUGCUGAAGUCAGAUUAAAUCUUUCCGAAGUUACGGUGGCCUAUACAAAUGAUAAAAAAAUAGCUUGCCCUCAUAAGGGCUGUCAUAAGCACUUUAGAGAUUCAUCUGCGAUGCGAAAACAUUUGCACACUCACGGUCCUCGAGUCCAUGUUUGUGCAGAAUGUGGUAAAGCUUUCGUAGAAAGUUCUAAGCUUAAAAGACAUCAGUUGGUUCACACCGGUGAAAAACCAUUUCAGUGUACAUUCGAGGGAUGUGGAAAACGAUUUUCUCUGGAUUUUAACUUAAGAACGCACGUAAGAAUACAUACUGGAGAUAGGCCUUUUGUUUGUCCGUUUGAUGCCUGUAAUAAAAAAUUUGCUCAAUCCACGAAUUUAAAAUCUCACAUACUAACUCAUGCGAAAGCAAAGAGAAACACCAGCAGCACGGUGAAAAGUGGUUGUUCAAACUCUGACUCAAACAGCCAGAGUGAAGAUAACUCUAGAAAUUAUGUUAAGGUAGAGCUACAGGAUAGUGUUACAGAAAACCACGUACCGUUUGUGGUAUACGCAGACUGAGCGUGUAUAUCGACAAAUUUCCAAGUUCAUCUCGAUCAAAUUUGGAAUGAUUAUUAAUGCUAUAUU